GUUUGUAAUUGUCAAAUUGUGCUGCUGGAAAUAGAUAUUUCAUUUUCAUUUUUCAUUAUUAUUAUUAAAUUAAUGCAUAGAUUAAUAGAUACUAUGAAUUAAUGAUAUUAAGCAUUCGGUACAUAUUUGUAAAUAGCAAGGAUUUUCAUAAAUAUCUUAGUAGCAAUGGUAUUUUUAACUAUUGCCAAUUUGAUAAGAUGCCGCGGCCCAGAUGAGUUUUGGAGGAAAAGAAAAAUUUUUAGGUUAGCAGCUCAUUAUAUUGGCCGCCGGAGAAACUGUUAUUCAGUGGCUGUCCGCAACGUUCAUCACGCUUUAGUAUAUGCUACAAAAGCUCGACGAUUAAAAAAACAAGAUAUGAAAGACCUUUGGGAUACCCGCAUAUCAGCUGCUUGCGAACAACACAACAUUACAGCAUUCUCCAUGAGAGAAGGUUUGGAGCGCUCAAACAUCUUGUUAGAUCGGAAGUCAUUGUCUGAUUUAGCAGCUUGGGAGCCAAAGACAUUUCAAUGUUUAGCCGCAGUAGCCAGUCGAAAACUUCACCUUGAUGGUUUUAUUGAUGGCACAGACCAAAAGGCUCCCACAGGAAAAAAUCUUAACCUUGACAAUGUUAUUUUAGAUGAUUGGCUUAAAGAAAAGAAAUAGUUGUUCUAUGACUAUAUAAUUCAAUUUGUAAUGUACAAUAAAUAGUUUUAGUAAUCCAUAACAA